AUGCCCAAAACCCUCCAGCCAUAUAGCAUGAGGCUAGUCAUCGACUGGUUCGAGCUCGAGGAUGAUGCCUAUCCCGACGUCGGCUUGCCGCUAGGCAUCACCGUCUUUGUCGAACUCCAAGUUGAGCCUGACUCUGUGUUUACGGUGAUGAGAGAUGUUGAAGGUGUGAUCAACCUCGAAUCGACUUGGUACAAAGGUGUCACGAAGAUUGCAGAUAGAGCGCCGGCGUCGAGCGUUGAAGAUGUCGAAGACCAGGAUACGAGUCUCAAGACUGAGGAGGAGGACCACAAUCUUGAUGCUCGAGGAGAUUCGUAUUCUGCAGACGAUCUCGACGAAGGCGAGAGCUUCGCAUCAUCCACAAGAAGCUCAGAUACCGUGCGACCCUCUACAAUCAGACCAAAACUAAGCAGAAUCCCUAUCCGCAAAUCAGGCACAGACGGCACAUUCGACGACCUCGAUCUCGAGCUCGAUAUGCCCCCAAGCCCAACACUGUCAUCUCAAGAUUCAUUACCCUGGUACUCCACCAAGGAUACCGGCGAUAAUCACAUGGACGACGAAAACGGCCCGACAGGAAUCGACCUCGACGACCUAUUCACCGAUCUAGAAGACAUCUACCAUCCCUUCCUGCGCUACGAGAAUGGCAACAUCACAUUACACGCCGCCCGCGAAGUCGAGCCGGGGUUUUAUCAAGUCGAAAUCGCAUUUUAUCGGCAUUUUGUCAGGGACACGCAAGGCUGGUAUGGCGUUGAUUUGUGUGAUGUCGUCAAAAGCUGUCCCCCUAUUCCGGGCAAACUCGUCUUUAAUAUUCAAGACCACCCUUCACUGUAUCCCGACAUCAUUGGUCCUGACGAUCUGCACGACAUGGAAGAUGGUUCCCGCGAAGCCACUUUCGAUCCAAGAGAGGAACCCUACCUGGCAUUCUGGGCGUGGACGCAUGCUACAUAUCUCGAGUUCUGGGGCGAUGGGAAAGUUGACAACAAUUAUUAUGAUGAUUUGAUUGCGCCGAAUGCGUAUUUGGAUUCAGAUGAAUUGGUGGACUAUGUGGAUUUUAUGUUUAAGACGAGGGAUGAUGAGGAGGUGGUGGAUGGGGCGAGUGAGAUGGCUGAGACGCCGGAAAAGGUUGCGCAGUCGAAACAAUAUAUUUCGCCUAUUGCCGACCAAGAAGAUGAUGAUGAAGAUGAAGAGGAGGAGGAGCAGGAGGAGAAAGAUGGCCAGGUCGAUGGUUUGAUACUGGGGGAUGUCACGGAAGUGAAUGUUGAUCAUGUCGUGUCUGGUCUUGAGGAGCGCCCCAUGUCUCCUAUUCCUGAAGAGGAGGAGUGCGAAAGUGGGGAUGAUGAGGAUGUGAUAUGGGAGGAUGUUCCGAUACCAGGUGUUCAGAAUUUUGAAUACAAUCCCGAGGAGGGCCCCGAGACGGCUAAAAAGGGGGGAGUUGAGGAUAUGUUAAUGGAUAAUGUCACAACACCGAAUGUUAAAGAUGAUGCAUCACAAUCUGAGGAGACCGUCAUCGAAGAAGAGGCCCAUGAUGUGAUCCUGAAGGAUGUCACGGCACCAUAUGUCGACAAUGUCACGCUCGAAUCUGAGGAGCUCCCCAAACCGCCUACUUUUAGAGAAAAGGCGGAAAGUUCCACAUCGGAGGAUAUCACAUCAUCUCACGACGACAAUCCCCCUCCUCUUUCUCCUGACGGCAAACCCCCUGCUGAUGACAGUAAAGAAAACAACCUCAAACUCAUCACCUUUUACCACCCGCUUCCCCCACCCCCUCUCCCUACCUAUGCAGAAGCCCUAGAAGGCUACGAAAAAUAUCAAGCCAUGAUGACCUCACGAGCAAUCCUUCGAAGACGCGCGAUAUUCUGUCUGUCUCGCAUCUUACCCGCACUAUUCGUCUUGGUGUUCACGAUAUGCGCAUGUAUAGGUGGUCCGCCCACAACGAUCUCAACGCCGACGGCUACGUUGCAAACGGUCAGGUACUACGCCAACCAUCUGGGCGGGAUGGGGUACAAUGCAUUGAUGCAAGUGCCGACAUUUGCUGAUUUCGGUGCAUAUCAUCAGCGUGAUUGGUAUGAGGAUGGCGUGGCUUUGUUGGAGAGUGGAAAUGAGGGCGAAGAUUUGGGCGAUGUCGAGGUUCAUUUGUGGUGGAAGUUGGUUGAUGAAACGCUGGAAAUAGCGGGUAUUGCUGAUUCUCCUGCUGUGCCUGAGUCUGCCGAGCCGGUGGUAGAGAGUGUGGUAUCACCAUCAAGAUCAGAGCUUGAUGCAAAGAGUCCACCUCCUGAGAUUGCGGCAGAGGCUUUAACACCGAAUAUGUCAACUCCCGUGCCUGCGCCGGACGUCAAAACACCAGUCCAACCAGAAACAGCAUCAUCCUUCAACGCAACAACAGCAGCCCUCUCUCUCGCCAUCAAACCACCUCCCCUCCCACGCCUCUGUCCCAACCGACACCGGCAACCCAACACUCCCUACCCACCCGACUGCCCUCUUCCUUCUCCCCCAAAACCAGCCCUAACCAUCCUCGCCGACCUCACACAGGAGAUAUUCCGACACAUCGCCUGCUCCACCUCACCGAUAUGCACAAUCUCACGCAUAAGCGACAAAUACGAGCAUCCUGGGGACAUAUUUGCGCGGUUUCAGUGUGAUGGGAAAGGUGGAUGGGAGCCGGAGACAAGGAGGGAUGGAUUUGAUUGGGGUUUGGGUUGGGUGCCGGAUGAAUGUAGAUUGCUAUGA